GCAAGGGUCGCUGUACUGUAUCUUCCAUACAUGCUGAAGUUGACAUUAAAAUAAGUGAUUAUUUCAUAAAAAUUGUGCGUCACAUGAACACAAAAAGAGUUACAUAAUUGGUGUCACGAAGUGCUUUUUAUCAAUGAUACGUACAUAAUCAAAAUGUUAAUCAAUUCCAACUGUAAUAAAUAAUACGAUAAAUUUCAUAAUCCGCGUACGAGUUGUCGAUCGAGUCACCAUCAUGUCAAGCGUAAAGGUCCUUGUGCUCGUUUUGCUGUUGGUGUCCGUGGGCCACCGAGUCGAGGGCUUAUUGAACAUAACGGAAGACGCCCUGGCCGCGAGUAGAAAAAUGCUGGGGGAGAUCGAAAAAACGCACUCGUACUCGAGCUUGGCCGAAGCGAACGACAAGCUGAAGAGCAUAUCCGAAAUAUUCUUCGCGUUCUGCCGCAGGAGAAAAACAGCGCAAGCCGGCACGUUCGUCGACGACACCUCCGCAGUUGUCGGCCGCGCCCCGGACUCCGUGAAGCUCGCCGCCCUCGAGUUUCACCAGCUCAGCGAGGAGGUGUUCCGCGACUUGGACGUCCGGUACGCCCUGGACGACCUUUACGAGGACAGGGCGCUCUCGGACGCCUUCCACAAGUACCCGGUGAACGAGCUGCGCGUACUGCCCGCCUUUCUGUACCCCUUCGUCGAAGACAACAGCCGACACUUGUUUCGCGACCAAUCCUACGGGGACAUCAUAGGGAAAUUGCACAAUUUGCCCGUAGCGGUUGAUCAGAACAACGAGAGCGUGCUCAGUUUCAUGAGCAAUGACGGGACUCAGGCAAAAGUGUGUCCCAGUCACUUGAGGCAGUCGCAGCAGCAAUUGAUUUUCAACUUGAUCAAAAGAAUAGCGUUGUUCGAUGCACAAGUUUACACGACGAGCCAGUACUCCUUGGCAGCUUACAAAGUAUUCUUCAACGCACUGGACCAUCUUCGCAGAGAGGAUAAGUUGGAUUUGCAGAGGACACCCACUCUGUGGAGGGACAGAGAUGUCGUAAAGAGAAUGACGCAAAUUGAGUUUGAAUUCGUGACCAGAAACCGAAAAACUUUUCAAUCCUUCAAAGACUCCAUGGCUUCUCUCUCCCGGGACAUGUGGAGGUGCGAUGUCGAUGAGUACUUGAAUAAGGAUGAGCCCCGCGAAGGUGCAUCGCUCGUGAAAAUGCGAGUAUUUCAAAAAUACGUGGCGAACGAGAUCGACCUCAACGAUCGCAAGUCUUGCAUGAAAAAGUGCUCCCAGUACAAUAAAACGAAAUUAUACGGGUGUUACGAUCAGGGCGUUUGCGCGUAUCAGACGCCAUGCAACGGUACUCUCUGGAAUUGUGACAGUCAAAUUCAAUCUGACAUGCAGCUCUGUCUUUCGAACGGAAAUUCCAAAACAAGGUACGAAUACAUUGAAGUGAAAGGUAAAAAGCUAGGCCAAAACUUCGUUGGAAUCAAUAACACUGAUAGCUGCAACAAUACCCUCGUCAAAGUACAAACGUGGCAUCGUUGGCUCGUCAAGUGCAGUCAUUGCAUGUGUACCUGUGAAAAUUCGGCAAACGACGACAGCUACUUCAAUUUGAGACCAGUGACAUCAAACAUGGAUUUGAAUAACGUCGUCGUGGGCGUGCGUUUUCAAAGGAAAAAUCAAGUGAUGCACGUACAAAUACAGCAAGGAAAACUCAUGCCGAACGGAGCGAUCGACGAAUCGUCGGUGCAGUGGAAGGAAAUGGACGAAUACGGUAUAGCCGAUCCAAGCGUCACGGCUGGGAAGGACUUCCAUCCGAUUUCGUGGAGCGAAAGAACGUUGUGCCUGGACAGCGUGGAAUCACCCAGGGAACAUCGCGUUGUAACGGGAGUACGAUUCAAAAAGGUUAACGGUUAUCUGAAAUUGGAAAUUCGAGAGACUGAAUUUGACUUUGCAACUGGGAAAUUGGUAGCGGAGUCGAGCCAGUGGUAUUCCAAUAACGAUACUCUGCGAGAGAGGACUGAAAUAAAUUUCGAGGAUCCAAACGAUUAUGAAACUACUUUGACGUCGAAUCGGUAUCUGCGCUUUACCACGAGUACUUUGGAAAUGGAUGCUGGACAAAGCACUGUGCCUUUUAUAAACAUCCGUUCUGUGCAAUCCAACCCACCAGUGCCGCUCUCCGGUGUUGGAAUUUUUCUGAGAAGUGACAAACAUUACGGGAACAUUUUAAUGCUGAAAAUAUCAACGUAUAAUGUUGAACCUCACAUAACGUUGUAAAUAUUUGAAUAUACGAAUCUCUGAAAAGCAAUAAACUUUUAUUACAUAA